GUCUGGGCUUAUUUAAUCCUCUCAGCCUUUUUCCAAAAAAGAAAACAACACGAAUAAUAUUGUUGUCCAUUUCCCGAAUAAUAAAUAAUAAUUCUUAAUUACAGAAAGAAAACAAAACGUAACGCGGACGUUGAUUCGCAAACCCGCUGGCCGUCCAAAACUAAACUCGCCGACUUCCCCACCACUCCGCCGUGCCCGUCCCGGCGGCAAAAUGCUUUACGCGCCGCGUGUCGUACACACUCCAAUCCGGCGGCGCGUGGCGGAUCUCCCCAUCGCAUUUUGACUACACCCUUGGAGCUCGAGGAGCUGUAAGCCAUAAGCUCAUUCGACGAGGCGGCUCUCUUUUUGAUUCCGCCGCUGACACCUCCCUCCCUUUUAUAAACUCUGCAUUCCACUCCUCUUUCUUCUUCUUCUUCUUCUUCUUCUGCUCCUUCCUCUCUAGCUCGAUCGCCGAUCUCUGCGCCGCCGUGUCUCACGCCUCCCGGAAAUUAGAUCUUAGUCCUGUCGCCGUUCGGCAGACGAGAAAUCAAUUGGUGAAGUUUCCGGGGAAGAAAACGAGAGGUUUGUCCCUGAAAUGUCCUGUGGAUUAGACUGGUAGCUUCAAUCCCAAGGAGUUUGUGUAAAGAAGACGCAUAUCGGAAGCCGAGUCGACUCGAUCAGGUCGUGACUCGGCGGUACAGAGUAGGUGCGCGCGUGCUUGCUUGUCGGUUUCCUUUCGCCUUCGUCUGUUUGCUUUUUUUUUCUUCUUCUCGGGAGCCAAACAGGCCAAUAAAGCAAAGCAUUAUGAACUUGUGCAUCUGGUGGCAACAGGUACUGAGCUGAGGCGGUGGUGGUGGUGAUGGUUUGAAGAGAAAUUUUCAGGGGAAGAGAGAUGAGUGUGAGCCAUGCGUCGGUUCACCCGGUGGAAGAUCCGCCCACGACGGACGGCGGGAACAACAACAACAACAACGCUCCGGCGAGAGUUCGGAUGAAGGAUGUACAAGGGAUGCCAGGGACCAAAGGGGGGUUGGCAUUGCGAGCGGCUCAGUUCUUCUUCGCCACCGCGGCUCUUCUUGUCAUGGCAACCACUAGCGACUUCCCGUCCGUCACUGCCUUCUGCUACCUUGUUGCAGCAGCUGGCUUGCAGUGUCUGUGGAGCCUUUCUCUGGCUAUCGUAGACAUAUAUGCCAUUCUAGUGAUGCGCUCCUUGCAGAAUCAUCGAGUUGUCUGCUUGUUCACGAUUGGUGAUGGGGUCACCUCCACGCUGACAUUUGCAGCAGCCUGUGCCUCGGCGGGGAUCACAGUACUUAUAGACAACGAUCUCGGUAGCUGCAGGCAGAACCACUGCGUCCAGUUCGAAACAGCUACAGCGAUGGCAUUCAUCAGCUGGUUCACCGCAUUGCCCUCGUUUCUUUUGAACUUCUGGUCGCUCGCCUCGAGGUAGCAAGCAGUACAAUCGCGUCGAAAAGCAUCCCGCCCCAUCGGUCUCUCAAUUAUUGUUGUCGUUUUUUUUUUUGCUGCCACCGUGAUUCGCGAGAGAGGGAUAGAGUUCAUUCUCUUGACCCUGAAUGUAAUCUUCCUUGCUCUUUUGUUGUUUGUAAAUGAGAACACACAGCAAGUAGUUGAUAAAUUUUCCAAGGGGUUACAGGAACUACUCGCCAUUGUGCUCUGAAUUCCAUUUCUCUUUUCGCUUACUGUAUCCAGUCAACAUGAUCUGCCAUGGCUGCAGAGUUUGCCAGCUUAACGAUGAUUUGCUGAAUUGAAGUGUCAGUCUUUUGGGGGAAAUUUUAGGGUUUCCUGAAGUAACUUGUGCUGUAGCAAGUGGGGUAUCUGUUCUGUAUAUUUUGGCUGUCCUUUCCGGCUUCUGCCAUAGGGCAAUGAACAGUGGACUUGGAGCUGGGGAGAGGGAAAGCUACGUUAUUGGUUGCUUCUGUUGUCGUCUUUGGUGGUGUUAAUGUUGUUGCUGUUGUUGUGUAGG